AUGCAGAUGGUAUACGGAGCUGAUGAAGAUGGAAACAUCGAACUAAGCAAAAAACUUCAGAAGAUUAUGCCCACACAGAUUCAAGAUAUUAUCGCCACCACCAUUCUUUUGGUAUUCCUCCCCGCUGGCAUACUUCUCCAUUUCCUAUACGUUAUCCCGACAUGGUAUCCAGUGAUGGGCGAAGCCUGGGUCAUUCGUGCAGCAUUGAUUGGUUUCACAGUUUUCAACUUGUACUCGAACUGGGUGUUCAUGCUGAGAACCGGACCGAACGGAAAACACUCCAUGCUUCCGAAUGUGGUAAAACCGGGGUACAAACACUGCCAUAGCUGCCACUCAAUGUCUCCACCAAGAGCAUAUCAUUGUCCUGUUUGUGACGUAUGCGUUCUUCGUCGUGACCAUCACUGCUCGUUCGGAGGUGUUUGCGUAGGACAUUUCAAUCAGAGAUACUUCGUCGCCGCCGUCAUCAACCUAUUCGUGAUGACUGUCCCACUCGUUUCCUAUGCAUGGAAUUUGUUGAACAUCAAAUUGGUCGGAGGAGUAAGCUUCGGAAACUUGUGGCAAGUGAUGCUCCCUCAUCUCGCCUGGAUGUUCGGAUUCAUCUCCGUCUACCAAUUCCUCCAUGUUCUUCUUUUUGUGUUCACCUUCACUGCCUCCUUGUUCUCGUUGUAUUUGGUGUCUGCACAGGUGUUCUGCCUGUUGAAAGGGCAAACCAGAGUCGAAUAUCUUUUGGAGGUCCAUGCCUACCAACUCGGAUUUGUUGAAAACCUCCGUCAAGCGCUCGGUUCCCGCUGGCCACUCAUUCUAUUCUCGUGCUUCAUUCCAAGUCCUCUGCCAACCGACGGACUCAGUUAUAUCACUCGUGAAAUGUUCCAACUUCACACAAAAGAUCUCUAA